AUGGAAGAAGGACGUGAUCCGCGGGAUGUAGACCGACCGCAGCAGUUCCUGAAUCAACAGCAGCAGCCGCAGCCGUUGAAUAUGCAGCAAGGAGCCACGGGUCCACAGAUCCUGCGUGAUGGUGAUCAACAGCAGCAGCUCCCAAACCAGCAGCAGCAGCUGGGAGCCGCAACCCAUCAUCAACAGUUCGUUCCCUCUGGACAGCCACCGUACGUUCACACUUCUCCUCAGCAGCACGGGAUAGGCCAAUCGGAGCUCAGUCAGGUUGUGACAGCAAUGCAGCAAAUGAUGGGCCAAAUGUUCCAGAUGAUGCAACAAAGUGAUGCUCGCCAUCAAGAGCUGAUUCGUACUCUAACGGCAUCGAGAGAUCAGCAAGCGCCCUACAAUCCGGAGCAAAUCCUCGACUCUUUGGCGAACAACAUAAAGGAUUUUCGUUAUGAACCGGACAGUAAUGUAACAUUUGCGUCUUGGUAUACUCGCUACGAUGAGUUGUUCGAAAAAGAUGCUUCCAGAUUGGAUGAUCAAGCGAAGGUGAGGUUACUGCUGCGCAAACUGGGACCAGUUGAGCACGAAAGAUACGUGAGCUUCAUUCUUCCCAGACUACCGAAAGACUUCUCCUUCAGUCAAACGGUCGAGAAGAUGAAGAAUCUCUUCGGAGCAAAGGAGUCUGUGAUAAGUAAGCGCUACCGUUGUCUACAAAUCACCCGAAAUCCUACCGAAGAUCACGUAGCCUAUGCCUGUAGGGUAAACAAGGCUUGUGUAGAGUUUGAGCUCGGUAAAUUGUCAGAGGAGCAGUUUAAGUGCUUGAUAUACGUUUGUGGUUUAAAAUCCGAAAGCGAUGCCGAAAUCAGGACCCGGCUCCUUUCGAAGAUCGAAGAAACCAACGAUGUUACACUUGAACACCUUUCCAACGAAUGCCAGCGUCUCUUUAAUCUAAAACACGACACUGCUAUGAUUGAAGGGCCAGCUUCUUUCGAUCAAGUGAAUGCUAUCAAGCACAGCAGGAGGCAGUACAACAUUCGUGAAGAAGAUUCACCUGACCAGCGUUCGAGUGACGGUGACGGAAAGCCCUAUUCGCCGUGUUGGUUCUGUGGUGGAUUGCACUUCAACCGAAACUGCAGCUAUAAACAACAUAAGUGUUCAGAUUGUGACCAAUUUGGGCACCGCGAAGGAUAUUGCAGCAGUGCAAACAACGCACGGAAAACUAAAAAGAAGAAGCAGAAGAAACGAUCGGUGGACAGCAAGGUGGUAACAGUGGACGUAUGCAGUGUACAGGAUCGGCGAAAAUUUGUUACGAUCAGCCUGUGCGGAACACAAAUCCAGCUGCAGCUUGACACUGCCUCGGAUAUCACCGUAAUUAGCAAGGAGCUUUGGACGACAAUUGGGAGUCCGGUGUUAAAACCAUCGACGGUCCACGCGAAGACCGCCUCAGGAAACAUUUUGCCGAUCGAGGGCGAAUUUCUGUGCGACGUUUCUAUAGGUGCAACUACACGGAGCGCGGUGGUCAGAGUAACAGAAAAGCCGAUAAAACUCCUUGGGACAGAUUUGGUCGACUGUUUCAAUCUUUGGUCAAUUCCGAUGGACAGUUUCUGCUGCAAUAUAUCUUCCUCUCCGGCGUCUCUGCAGACGCUGAAGUCGACGUUUCCUGAAGUUUUUAGCGGAGAUCUUGGCUUGUGCAACAAGGCGACCGUCAAGUUCGAGUUAAAGCCAAGUUGUAAACCAGUCUUCUGCCCCAAGCGACCUGUCGCGUACGCCAUGCAGGACGCCGUCAAUCAAGAGUUGGACAGACUGGAGCGGCUACAAAUCAUUACACCGGUUGAUUACUCGGAGUGGGCUGCUCCAAUAGUGGUCGUGCGCAAAGCGAAUGGUGCAAUCCGGAUCUGCGGAGACUAUUCUACUGGACUCAACUCUGCACUGCAGCCGCAUCAAUAUCCUCUGCCUCUCCCAGAGGAUAUAUUCGCUAAAUUGGCCAACUGUAAAGUUUUCAGCCAAAUUGAUCUUUCAGAUGCCUUUCUGCAAGUGGCGGUCGACGAGAAGUUUCGUGUAAAGAUAGCUCCAGGGGCUUUCCAACAACUUAUCGAUACGAUGUUGGCAGACUUACCAGGGACAUCUGGAUAUCUCGACGAUGUUGUUGUAGGCGGCAAAGACCAGGAGGAACAUGACCGCAAUCUUCGAGCAGUUCUCCAACGGAUUAAAGAUUUCGGGUUCACUAUCCGACCCGAGAAGUGCUCCUUCGGUAAACCAGAAAUCGACUAUCUCGGGCUCAUCAUAGACGAAAACGGGUUGCGUCCGGAUCCAGCCAAAGUUGAGGCGAUCCGCAAGCUUCCGCCUCCAUCCGACGUAUCAGGGGUGCGCUCUUUCCUUGGAGCGAUUAAUUAUUAUGGUAAAUUCGUUCCUAAUAUGCGAGCGCUUCGCUAUCCUCUCGAUAGUCUCCUCAAAUCCGAUGCGAAGUUCGUGUGGAGUUCUGCGUGUCAACAGGCUUUCGAUCGUUUCAAGCAGAUCCUCACUUCAGAUCUGCUACUCACACAUUUCGAUCCGAAGAAAGAGAUUAUUGUAUCUGCUGAUGCGUCUUCGGUCGGUGUCGGGGCAACAAUUAGCCAUAAAUUUCCCGACGGCUCUGUCAAGGUUAUACAGCAUGCUUCAAGAGCACUUACUAAGGCGGAACAAAACUACAGUCAGCCGGACCGAGAGGGUUUGGCCAUCAUUUUUGCAGUAACAAAGUUCCACAAAAUGAUAUUUGGUCGUAAGUUCCGUCUGCAAACUGACCACGCUCCACUUCUUCGUAUCUUCGGCUCUAAGAAGGGCAUUCCAGUGUAUACGGCCAACCGUUUGCAGCGAUUCGCCCUUACCUUGCUGCUUUACGAUUUUGAUAUCGAGUACGUACCGACUGAGAAAUUCGGCAACGCCGAUCUUCUGUCUCGAUUGAUUAGUCAGCAUGCAAGACCGGAUGAAGACUACGUAAUUGCCAGCGUUACUCUCGAGGAAGACGUCAGAUCUGUAGCUGCGGAUACGCUCAACGUCCUGCCUCUGAACUUCAAACUUGUUUCACAAGCCACCCAGGCAGAUCCAUUACUUCGCAAGGUAUAUCGGUACAUGCAAAACGGCUGGCCACAGCCUGAGCAAAUCGAGCCGGACAUCAAACGAUUCUACGCUAGACAGGAAUCUUUCACGGUAGUGGACGGAUGCAUUUUGUUCGCUGACCGACUCGUUAUUCCAUCGCCGUUUCGGAAACGAUGCUUGGACCAACUUCAUCAAGGCCAUCCAGGAAUGCAACGGAUGAAAGCAAUAGCUAGGAGCUACGUGUACUGGCCAUCGCUCGACGAGGACAUCGUGGGCUACGUCAAGGCGUGUCACCAGUGUGCGUCCGUUGCGAAAUCUCCUCCUCACGCUCAGCCAGUCCCGUGGCCCAAGCCAAGCGGUCCAUGGCAACGUGUACACAUCGACUACGCAGGACCAGUUGACGGCGAUUACUUCUUGGUUGUGGUCGAUUCUUUGACGAAAUGGCCGGAAAUUGUUCGAACGCACAGCAUUAGUACCAAAGCUACGAUUGCCAUUCUACGUAGUAUAUUCGCCCGGCUAGGAAUGCCGAUUACCCUGGUGUCCGAUAAUGGAACGCAAUUCACUAGUUCGGAUUUCGCAAGUUUCUGUGCAAUGAACGGUGUGGAACACCUCACUACAGCCCCUUAUCAUCCGCAGUCAAACGGCCAAGCAGAGCGGUUUGUAGACACCUUCAAAAGAUCUGUGAAAAAAAUUAAAGAGGGGAGAGGAACGUUGGACGAAGCUUUAGACAUCUUCUUGCUUACUUACAGGAGCACUCCAAACCGCUCCGUACCUGAAGGCAAGUCACCAUCGGAGGCUUUGUUCGGACGUAAAAUUCGAACUAGUCUUGAAUUACUGCGCCCACCGCCAGCACUUUCGACGGUUGAAGAUACACGCUCUGAUGGACUGCAAAGAUCAUUUAACCGCAACGAUACUGUAUACGCAAAGGUAUAUUCGAGGAACACUUGGUCUUGGGUCGCCGGCGUUGUUCUCGAAAGAGUGGGCGAUGUAAUGUACAACGUGUGGACUGAUACUCGCCAAAUGGUACGUUCACACAUAAAUCAGCUGCGUAGUCGCAAUUCUGCUAGUCGUCUAGGCGGGGACACAAUACGACAGAAUACUGCGAGCCCUCUUCCGUUAGAUAUUCUUUUGUCAGCAUGGGACUUAGCUCAGUCACCAAGAGUGUCGCAAGAAUACGGAUCCGUUCCUUUGGUACCCGAGCCUACAGAUGCAUCAAAUGAAAUAGCAUCAGAGGUGACACCAGUUCCAGUUGUAGAGCAGCCUGCGUCUUCUACACCGAAAUGUGACUCAUCAUCAAGCACCAACGGUAUGGAGGUUCCAAGGAUAUCUGAGUCGUCUUCGGGGUCAACUUCUACAACAUCUACUGGGUUCGAAUCUGCAACCGAAUCAGAACCUAAAGUAGUUCUACCACGGCGAUCUUCUCGCCCGAGAAAGCAGCCACGAUGGUUCGACCCUUAUCAGCUAUAUUGA